UUUCCCCUGUCUUUUUACAGAGAAGUUGGUUACCUCCGCGAUGGGCUGUAGCUCUUUGCACAGAUUGCCAAUUACUGCUGAUGGGUCUCUGGUGAAUUAUACAAUGGUCUUCAGAGCCUAGAGACCCCCGCCCCCGAGACGGCUUCCUCUCUCCCUGUCCCUCCAUCCCACCCCGUGCCGAUUUUUUUAAAUAUAUAUGUACAUAUAUUUUUGCGUGUCCUCUCCGGGGAAGUUUGUACGGGGCUACUAGCUCACAUGCGGGAUCAGAAUGGUGUGAAUGACAGCCGCACUGUGUCAUGAAGGUGGUGGUGGUUUCAGCUCAAGAGACCAAAUAAGAAGAAAGCUGAGAGGGGAGAGACGUUUUUGGAUGACAAAGGAUGGGUUUCCAUUUAAUUACGCAGCUGAAAGGCAUGAGUGUGGUUCUGGUGCUACUUCCUACACUGCUGCUUGUGACGCUGACGGGGGCUCAGAGAGCUUGCCCAAAGAACUGCAGAUGUGAUGGCAAAAUUGUGUACUGUGAGUCCCACGCUUUUGCAGAUAUUCCUGAGAACAUUUCUGGUGGGUCACAAGGCUUAUCCUUAAGGUUCAACAGCAUUCAGAAGCUCAAAUCCAAUCAGUUUGCUGGCCUUAACCAGCUUAUAUGGCUUUAUCUUGACCAUAAUUAUAUUAGCUCAGUGGAUGAAGAUGCAUUUCAAGGGAUCCGUCGACUGAAAGAAUUAAUUCUAAGCUCCAACAAAAUUACCUAUCUGCACAAUAAAACAUUUCAUCCAGUUCCCAAUCUCCGCAAUCUGGACCUCUCCUACAAUAAACUUCAGACACUGCAAUCUGAACAAUUUAAAGGACUUCGGAAACUCAUAAUUUUGCACCUGAGGUCGAACUCACUAAAGACUGUUCCCAUAAGAGUUUUUCAAGACUGUCGGAAUCUUGACUUUCUGGAUUUGGGCUACAAUCGUCUCCGGAGCUUAUCCCGAAAUGCUUUUGCUGGCCUCUUGAAAUUAAAGGAACUCCACUUGGAGCACAACCAGUUUUCCAAGAUCAACUUUGCUCAUUUUCCACGUCUCUUCAACUUGCGUUCAAUUUACUUACAAUGGAACAGGAUUCGCUCCAUUAGCCAAGGCCUGACGUGGACUUGGAGUUCCUUACACAACUUGGAUUUAUCAGGGAAUGAUAUCCAAGGAAUUGAGCCGGGCACAUUUAAAUGCCUCCCCAAUUUGCAGAAACUGAAUUUGGAUUCCAACAAGCUCACCAACAUCUCACAGGAAACUGUCAAUGCAUGGAUAUCACUCAUAUCCAUUACCUUGUCUGGAAAUAUGUGGGAAUGCAGCCGGAGCAUUUGUCCUCUGUUUUACUGGCUGAAGAAUUUCAAAGGAAAUAAGGAGAGCACCAUGAUAUGCGCAGGACCUAAGCACAUCCAGGGCGAAAAGGUUAGCGAUGCGGUGGAAACAUACAACAUCUGUUCUGAGGUCCAGGUGGUCAAUACGGAAAGAGCACACCUGGUGCCCCAAACUCCCCAGAAGCCUUUGAUUAUCCCUAAACCUACCAUCUUCAAACCUGAUGCCUCUCAGUCCAUCCUUGAGACACCAAGCCCUUCCCCAGGGUUUCAGAUUCCCGGCACAGACCAAGAUUAUGAGCACGUUUCCUUUCACAAAAUCAUUGCGGGGAGCGUGGCUCUCUUUCUCUCAGUGGCCAUGAUCCUCUUGGUUAUCUAUGUGUCUUGGAAACGCUAUCCAGCCAGCAUGAAGCAACUCCAGCAGCACUCUCUAAUGAAGAGGCGGCGGAAAAAGGCCAGAGAGUCUGAAAGACAAAUGAAUUCCCCUUUGCAGGAGUACUAUGUGGACUACAAGCCUACAAACUCUGAGACCAUGGAUAUAUCGGUUAAUGGAUCUGGGCCCUGCACAUAUACCAUCUCUGGCUCCAGGGAAUGUGAGGUGCCACACCACGUGAAGCCCUUGCCCUAUUACAGCUAUGACCAGCCCGUGCUCGGGUACUGCCAGGCUCACCAGCCCCUGCACAUCAACAAGGGCUACGACACAGUUUGUCCGGAGCAGGACGAGAGCCCCAGCCUGGAGCUCGGCAGGGACCACAGCCUCAUCGCCACCAUCGCCAGGUCGGCAGCACCGACCAUCUACCUGGAGAGGAUAACAAACUAAGGCGGAAGCCAGCUCCUCAGGGGGACCUCGCGGGGGGAGGGAGGGCUUUCAUCCUAAAGGAGAAUGGGUGUCCAACAAUCGCGUGAUCCAGCCAACUCAUCGUUCCUGUUAAACAAGUUCCGGCAUAGAGAAAAGACAAAAACCAAAACUGCUUAAAGAGGGCAGCGGAUGCUCCUGCAGCAUUAACCGGGAAAACUACAGAACUUUCUGGGCUUUAAACUAUAAAACAAAGAAAAAAAAAAAAGCUCCCGGAUGUAAAUAGUCAAGAGUGUCAAGUUCUUAUAAAAAUAGAUUUCACCCUAGCUAUCCAUAGGUUUGUUUGUACAUUUGAUUUUUCUACACUGCAUGGUUCCUGGGCUGGAGAACCACAGGGGCAGUACACCGGGGUGGGUGGGAAGGAGGGGGAAAUAACAGUUUUCUUUGGCAGCUGUGUGCAACGCUCACAGACUUGAUUUCCAUUGGUUUCGUUUUUCUUUCCUCCUUAAAAUUGUUGUUGGUUCUCGUUUGGUUUAUUUUAUUUUAUUUUUAUUUCCUGGUCUAGUGAUUCUGUUCUCAGUUCUAAACAUUGGUAUUCAAGCUUCCGUUGUACCAAAAGAAAAUUUGCUUUACCACAGACCACAAAUAAGGAAAGAUGGCCGCAGAGUUUGAUAAAACUACUGGAAUAAAAGUUCAAUAAAUCUAGGUGAAUGUUGCUUGAAGACACAUGUUGUACAUGAUAUCGGGAAUUUUGUUUUGUUUUGUUUUCCCCCCCCACGCGCAGCCCUCAUCAAGGAAGUUGGGAAGAGAGCCUGAAGACCUUGGAUGGAGAAAAGAAGCAGAAUUAUGGGAAUAAUUCUGGACUAAGGAGAUAUAAGAAAACUGGCCAUGCAGGUGGUGAAAGAAACUGCUGACACAUUUCUAAAUAGGAGAUAAUGUGUAACAUUGCUUUUUAAAUUAAUUAUCAAUUAGCUUUUGUGUAGUUUUUAUCAAUAAAAGAAAAAAUGUUGAAAAAUAAAUACAUUAUUUUGUGGUUGGUACACCA